AUGCCGCCACCGCCGCUUCCGCAGCGCCGCGCGACGCGCCCGCGCCCCAUCCGCCGCAGGGUGUUCGUCCGAUCGUCGGACACCCUAGAGGCCAUCAUCGCGUCGGGCCAGGCGACUCUCGCCGCCCGCGCUGCAGCAGCCCUGCACAGCCCGGCAGUAGGCGCCGGCGAAGAGUCCUUCGCCGCGAGCCCACUCGCACUUUCGCCGGCUCCAUCCUCCCCGGCCUCAUCGCUGCCGGCCAUCGCUUGGCCGACUAGCUCAGCCGACCCGCGUGCCGCCGACCCGCGCACGCCCGCGCCCCGCGCCGAUCUCCGCGCCGUGGCGCCUCACCACGACCCGCGCGCGGCCGCGCCGCCCGUCGAGGCCCGCGCCGCGCCGUCCCGCGCCGACUCACGCGUCGACCCGAGAGCGGCCGCGUCCCGCGCUGACGUGAGCGCCGCCCCGCGCGCCGUACCCGCGACAACACCGACCGCCGCGCCGCGCGCAGCGCUCCAAUCCGCCGCGCCGGCGACGCUAUCUCCGUCGCCGCACGCGCCGCGCUUCCCGGCCCCACAGCACAACAUUGCUGUGGGCCGUUUUCCCUCCCCGCCGCAGAGGAGAGGGGAGAAAACCGGCUGUCCGCGUGGAGGACUACACAGCUCGCCCGGUGUGGACGGACGUAACGACACUCGCUAG